GUUCGAAACGAUGUGCCGGGCCCAUGUAUGGGGCAGUUUAGGCGCCGCCUGGCCACCCGUAAGGCGUGAUCUGGCCUGGCAGGACUUGUUAUUUGGCCCGGGUGCUCGUGCUCGUGCUGGCGGGUUGUGCCUACAAUCUGCUGUGAUUAUCCGCUAGACCCUGCAAUGACAUGACAAGCCCAGACAGGCCGGCUGUUGUCUGUCCGCCCCCCCCCGUGAUCUAUCUACCUACCUGUCUAUCUAGUCUGUCUAGUCUGUCUACUUAGUCUAUCCAGGGGACUUGGUUCCGACCUUGGAUCUCAUCACGACCCGGAUCCCGGACCACGGAACACGACUCUGCGGCCACGACGAACCCGACGACGCCACGACGACAUCCUAUUGCCACCACCGCCGCCGCCGCCGCCUCGACGACGCCCAACGGUGAGCCCCCGACCCGAUCCGGCUCCAACAAAACCACGCACACUGUGUCACCGUCUCAGCCUGCGACCUACCAGGACUCGUCAGGACCAGAUGAGCAAGGCCUUCCAGGGCCCGCCCCUCCGCGAUUAAAUCAUAUUGUCCCAAACCUGUACCCGUGAACUGUUGUCGCCGAUCCCGAUGGCGGCGUAAUCCAUGGCAGAACGAAGCACGACAAGCUGGAACUCGCGCUCGUCCAGAAGUACUGAACCCACCUCGUCGGCCUCUACAGCGACCUCGACCUCCUUCCCUCCCCUCCCCCUCCCGGCCUCCGCCGCGACCGAUAUCCCGCCGCCGAACUCGAACUCGACCCCGACCCCGAGUGCAAGCCCACGGGCGACAGCAAACACACGGCCGGCGGCGACGUCGUCGACGACAAGAGCAGGUGCGGCCCCUGUAGUACCAGGCGCGACCAACACCCGGCCUCGUUGCUCCUCCUCGCCAAAAACAACAAGUAGGCCUGCCACCCGCUCGUCAGCUCGCCAGGCAGCCAGGCAGGCAGAAUCAUCCCGAUCUGCCGGCGUUUCUGCUGCUGGGUCCCCGACCGAACCUGCCCCUCCUCCGCCCGCCUCUCGACGACUCGACCCCCGGAAGCGUAAGGUCACCGCCGAUCUAGAGGUCGCACCCGAACCUGUCCCCUCGACUAGACGUUCCAAGAGGGCAAAGGUUUCCGACCAACAGCCGCCUCAGCCAGCCGCUGCCCCAGCACCACACUCACAGCCCGCCUACUCUCUUAGGAAGAGAAAGGGAAAACAAGCUCCGACUAUGUCGAGUCCAGAAUCUGCCGCAGGCCCAUCCAUACCCCCUUCGGAAAUUGCGCAGUCUGCCUCGUCCAGUCGAAAGUCCAGUCGCAGCAAGAAGACUGCACAAGCCUCGGGGCCCUCGUCUUCGAACCGACGAUCGCGGAAGAAGUCGAACAAUGCCGAUGAGGACACCCCGAUGACCGGUACCGACGAGAACGAGAAAGCAUCAGCACCACCCCCUCCUCCAGCGCACGAGGACAACUUCGACGAGGACAGCGAGGACCAUGACGACGAGGACCACCGAUACGAUGAGCACGACGAUGACGACGUAUUUGGAGGGUUCGGCGGCCCACCAGGUGGGCUUCACUCCAGCCUCGCCCUCCUCACAGGCAUGAUGUCCGGCAUGGGAUCCCGCCUCAGGGAGAUACUGGCCAAUCUUCGACAAAAGGAGGACCCGAGUUUGCAUCUCAUCGCGCUGAACGAGCUGUCUGAGCUCCUCCUGGUGUCCAACGAGGACAACCUCCAGGGCCAUUUCUCGGCGGACUCGUUCGUGCGUGAGCUGGUCUCGCUGAUGAAGCCAGACGACUUCAUGGAGGCCAACCCGGAAAUCAUGCUUCUCGCCUGCCGCUGUCUCGCAAACCUCAUGGAGGCCCUGCCUUCCAGCGUCACCAACGUCGUGUACGCCGGCGCCGUGCCAGUUCUCUGCGAGAAGCUCAGGGACAUUCAGUUCAUAGAUUUGGCCGAACAGGCUUUGAGCACCCUGGAGAAGAUCUCUGUCGAGUAUCCCUCUGCAAUCGUCAAGGAGGGCGGUCUUGCCGCCUGCCUCGAGUAUCUCGACUUUUUCGCCAUGAGCACACAACGAACCGCCGUAACGACUGCUGCAAACUGCUGUCGCAACCUUCCGCACGACUACUUCGACGUUGUGAAAGACGCAAUGCGGAUCCUCCGCGAUGUUCUGAAGAAUAGUGACCAGCGGGUGGUGGAGCAAGCAUCUAUUUGCGUUUCUCGCAUCGUGGACACCUGGCGCCAUAACCCGAGCAAGCUGGAGGCUCUGGUGACCGAGGAUCUCCUGUCCUCUAUUCUCCGACUACUACUGCCCGGCAGCACCAACCUGAUCUCACCCAACAUCCACACCCAAUUUCUGCGAGUCCUGGCAUCCACGGCAAGGGCGAGCCCCAGGCUGUCCGUGGAGCUAAUGAAAAUGAACGUGGUCGAGACUCUCUACCAGGUCUUGACAGGUGUUUCGCCUCCUAACGGGACUGAUGACAUCGCAUCAAAACUUGACAGUGUGCUCAUCAUGCAAGCACUUAUCCACCGACCACGAGAACAGAUUCUCGAGGCACUGAAUGUCAUCUGCGAACUCCUGCCCAAGCUGCCCACCGGCGCUGCCGAUCCCACAAAGGGCGGCUUCAACGAGGUCGCUCCGCGAGAAGUCAACACUGGCUCACCCUCCACGUCGAGACGCAGAACGUCGGAUGAGAAGCGUAUCCAGUUGUUGGAGGGUUGCAAGGCGGAGGUCCGACGAUUCGCCUUGAUUUUGUUCCCGACUCUGACGGAUGCCUUUUCCAGCACGGUGAACCUCAGUGUGAGGCAAAAGGUCUUGUUGGCUCAGCUUAAGAUGCUGUACAACUUGGACGAGGGAAUUCUUACCGAAGCCCUGGCACCAGUGCCUUACGCGUCCUUCCUCGCGUCAAUCCUCUCGCAGAAGGACGACCUCACCCUCGUGACAGCAGCCCUGCAGGCUACAGAGCUUCUCAUGACACGGCUCGGAAGCAUUUAUCAGUACCAGCUGUACAGGGAGGGUGUUAUCGCAGAAAUCUCAAAGGUGGCCGACGAGACGGAGGCUGAUGCCAAAGCAGUCAUUGAGUCUCAAGACUUGCCAAGGCGGACCUCUGCGGCUUCCGAAGACCGGUCUUCGCGUAAUGAUUCAUCGGACGACGACGACGAUGACGACGCAGCUGAUGAGCAUGAUGAAGACGACGAGGAUGACGAGCCAUCGCACCACUCGUCCGAGGAUGAGCACGAUGAGGACAACGAGGAGGACGAAGACGAGGAGCACGAAAACGACGGCCGACCUCAGGUCAUGUCUGGAUCUCCCGAUAGCUCCGGUGGUUCUACCAUGUCCAUCGAUGCCCCACCCCGGCCGCCUCCAUUCACGAGUACUCAGUUGCUGCGAUCCAAGAUCCAUAAGGACGCAAAGCAGUUUCUCGCGACGCACGAGGCGGAGAAGAAUGCCAAGUCCAUGAAGAAGAGAGCUACCAAGAUCUUGACGGACCUUACAGAACUGGCAUCAGAAAUUGAGGCUUUCUAUCUCCGCCCAACCUCAUCUGGCAGCAUCGCCGGUGAGAAUGGAAAGAAGUUGUUCGAGAAGCUGGCGACAUAUUUCGACUCGGACUUGUUUGAGAGUGCAACAAGUGCGGAGCUCCUUGCCUCGGGUGUUGUACGAGUCCUUGAAGAGGUGUUUAGCAACCCUGACGAGGAUCUUGCAAUGGCUGCUCAGGCAGCGUUCAUUGAGGUCUUCAUGGGAUACACCGUCAAAUCGAAACCCAAGACAGCAACUGCUGACUCGCCCGCCACUCCCUUCAGUAUGAUGGUGCACAAGCUGCAAGACCUGCUCAGCCGAUCGGAGCACUUUGAGGUCCUCACUGUGUCUAGUGCUGCGCACGGCGAUAGCCACCGCAGCAGCCCGGCAUCCAUGCUGGCCAAACAAAUCCGCCUGAAGCUCGUCGCUGACGACGACUCAGACAUCCCUAAGGUUUACCGGAACAUAAUGGUCUCCAUACAUGCGAUCGCGACAUUCAAGUCAUUGGAGGACUACCUGCGCCCACGCAUCAGCCUCUCCGACCGUCCGCGACCACCACGGGGCAAUCGCGAGAGCCUGACGCGAGCCUUGGCCGCAAUGACAGGGGGCGCCUUCCCCUUCGGCGCCGGCUCACCCUCUGGGUCCGGUCGCAUUCCCUCUCGCAUGCCCCCGCAGCUUGGUAGUGCCACGCCGCCGCCUCCUCCCCCGCCAGUUCCACCUACAGCUUCGGGCUCUCGAUCGUCGCGGAAAUCCAAGACCUCCAGGUCGCUCCCUAACGCAGAGACCCCGUCCACACCAGACCCUGCUUCUUCAGCACCGGGCGCAAAAGUCAUACUGCGUAGGUCCAGUCGACGCAGCGCGGCGCCAGCAGAUUCACCACAAGCAAGCCGUGCACCCCCAGCCGACGAAGACGACCUUGAGGAUGCGCUUGAGUGUGCUGAUGAAAAGCAUAUCACCGAGGAUGAGGGUACACCCGACCGCAGCGCUCUUGAUGCUAUUGUGGGCGACCUGGAUGAAGACAUGGGUGAUGCACCAACCCCUGACCCUUCGGCCGUGAAUCUUGAGGUCGCAGCGGGUGGCAAGAUCACGGCGCGGAAGGAAGAUGGCACGCGUGUUCCAACCCCAUCUCAGGGCAGCACCAGCAGCGGCAGCGGCAACGCGAACCUUGCUCAGCGUUCAAGUCUUCUUGCCAACGCGCUGAUGAACUCGCCGUCGCCGUCCUCUCCUUCCCGCUCCAUGUCCUAUGCUGCUGCAAUCCAGUCCGUGCCGCAAGACUGGCAUCUGGAGUUCAGCCACCAGGGCAAGGUCUUGACCAAUGAUACGACGGUAUACCGCGCAGUUCAGAAACCGGCGAUAGAUUCAAAUGACUACUCAAGCCGGAAUGUUUGGAUCUUGACACACGAGAUCAAAAUCCGGCGUGUGCCCGGGCCCCCGUCGGCCGAGAGACUGUCGUUUGGCGGUUCGGCUUCCAGCGAGGAGAGCGAGAACGGGGAGGGCAACAGCCCAGCCUCGUUAGCCAAGCACCCUAGUACUGCGUCCAUCCUUCGCCUGCUGAAGAUCCUGCACAACCUAAAUGCGAACAUUGACGACGUGCUUGUGGAAAACAAGGCUACUCUCAAGCUGAAUAUUGAACCCCUGUCACAGUUCGUCAAUACCAAGCUGACAUCGAAGCUGAACCGGCAGCUUGAAGAGCCUCUGAUCGUCGCCAGCAACUGCCUACCAAGUUGGAGCGAAGACCUGGCGCGACUGUAUCCUUUCCUCUUCCCCUUCGAGACACGCCACUUGUUCCUCCAGUCGACCUCAUUUGGUUACGCUCGUUCCAUGAACCGAUGGCAGAAUGCUCAGUCACAGGAAGAGUUGAGGCGUAACCGGGACGACCGACCAUUCCUUGGUCGCCUGCAGCGACAGAAGGUGCGCAUCUCACGGGCCAAGAUCCUCGAGUCGGCCUUGAAGGUUAUGGAUCUAUAUGGAAGCUCGCAGAGCAUCCUGGAGGUGGAGUACUUUGAGGAAGUCGGUACCGGUCUCGGCCCAACGUUGGAGUUCUACUCGACGGUCUCCAAGGAAUUUGCCAUGAAGAAGCUCAGGCUUUGGAGAGAUGCGGACCAGAAUGAGUCCGAUGAGUAUGUCUCUGGACCGACUGGCCUGUUUCCACGGCCGUUGAGCGAAGAUGACGUGUCCACGCCGAAUGGCGAACGCAUCCUGCAGCUUUUCAGGACACUUGGCAAGUUCACAGCUCGCUCGAUGAUUGAUUCCCGAAUCAUCGAUAUCAAUUUCAACCCCAUCUUUUUCCGCAUUGGCGAUGAGACAUCGGGCAUCAAGCCUUCCCUUGGAGCCAUGAAACUUGUGGACCCAGUCCUGGCCAGGUCCUUGGUUCUGGUGAAGAAGUUCGCUCUGGCCAAGAAGACAAUUGCCGAGGAUCCCAACAGGGACGCCACACAGAAGGUCAAUGACAUCCAGAACAUCACCGUGGACAACGGAGUGCGGGUCGAAGACUUGUCACUCGACUUCACCCUCCCCGGCUACCCGGAGAUUGACCUGGUACCCAACGGCUCGCAAAUCAUGUUGACCAUUGACAACGUGGACAAUUAUCUGGAGCGAGUCAUUGACAUGACACUGGGAAGCGGAGUCCGCCAUCAGGUUGAUGCUUUCCGUACAGGCUUUUCUCAAGUCUUCCCGUACAGCGCCCUUAGAGCCUUCACGCCUGAUGAGCUUUGCACUCUGUUCGGCCGCACUGAGGAGGAUUGGUCCCUUCCUACUCUCAUGGACUCAAUCAAGGCAGACCACGGCUUCAACAUGGACAGCAAGAGUGUCAGGAACCUGCUGCAAACCAUGAAUGAGAUGACACCAGUCCAGCGACGGGAGUUCUUGCAGUUUACAACUGGAAGUCCCAAACUUCCCAUUGGAGGAUUCAAGAGUCUGACACCAAUGUUCACCGUCGUCUGCAAGCCGGCAGAGGCGCCGUACACCUCGGAUGACUACCUCCCUAGUGUCAUGACCUGCGCCAACUAUCUCAAGCUCCCCGAUUACACCGAUGUCAAGAUUCUGCAGAAGCGUCUUUUCACCGCGACCAAGGAGGGACAGGGCGCAUUCCACCUUUCGUAAUAUGUCAUGGCUGAGGGUGGACUUAUUGCUCUUUCCAUCAGUCGAUCCGCAACGUUGCAGCGGAGUUAUGCCUUCGACUUCUAUACCCACAUCAGUUCACCGUCUCCACUUGCUAGGAUUUUGAGGGCGUCUCUUUUUCUUUCCUUGUUUUUUUUUUUGGGAGGGGGUUGGGGGGCGGACCAACAGCACCAAUCGAUUAGCCGACCAAUCAGGAGGGAAGGGUACUAAAAGGGACAAAAUGGAUUGCAUGGAAAGGAAGGAGCCUCGAGCGGCUCUCAUGUCUAGUUUUCUGUAGUUUUCAUGGUCGACGAAAGGGAGGGAGGGAGCGAGCACGUCAACUCUUAGAGGAUGGACAAGGAGGCGUAAUCCCAGAUAGAUUGGUAAACUCAUUACACACUCUUGUUAGACCACUGCAA